AUGGCGAUGAAGGAAGACUGCUGUGCCAUGCAACUCAUCGACCACAACAGCGAAUUCAAUGCUGCUGGAUUCAACCGCUUCACAGAGAAAGUGAAGCUUGCUGACCACGGACUCUCCUACGCCGUCGUUGCCAUCAUGGGUCCUCAGAGUAGCGGAAAGAGCACUUUAAUGAACCAUCUCUUCCACACUAACUUCAGGGAGAUGGAUGCAUACCAGGGAAGGAACCAAACAACCAAGGGUGUUUGGCUAGCCAAGUGUGUUGGCAUUCAGCCUUUCACCAUCGCCAUGGAUUUGGAGGGUACCGAUGGCAGCGAGAGAGGCCAGGAUGAUAUUGCAUUCGAGAAGCAAAGCGCCCUAUUUGCGCUUGCAAUUUCGGACAUUGUGAUCAUAAAUAUGUGGUGCCACGAUAUUGGUAGGGAGAACGCUUCCAACAAACCUUUACUAAGAACCAUAUGGGAUGGAGUUCAGAAGCCACAAGCCCAUGAAAGUACCUUGCUCAAUGACAUUUUUAACGUACAAGUAGUUGCUUUGCCCAAUUAUGAGAGUGAGGAGGAGAUAUUUAAGGAGGAGGUUGGUCAACUGAGGCAGCGAUUCCCCAGCUAUACUUCUCAAGGAGGCCUUGCUAGUGAUAGAAUUCCAGCCUCAGCAUUUUCUUUUAGUGCACAGGACAUAUGGAAUGUAAUCAAAGAGAACAGGGACCUGGAUCUUCCUAAUCACAAGGUUAUGGUUGCCACCGUUCGGUGUAAAGAGAUUGCCGCUGAGAAAUUCAACCAACUGAUGCAAAACAAGGAUUGGUUGGCAUGGGUAGAAGCUGCUAAAACUAGUCCGGUACCAGGCUUUGGUGAAAAGCUUACCUCAAUUCUAAACACCUAUCUUUCUGAAUAUGACAAGGAGGCCAUGUACUUUGACGAAGGUGUAAGGAACGAAAGAAAGGAGGAACUGCAGUUGAAAGCACUGGAAUCUGUCCAUGUUACCUACACUACCAUGCUUGGACACCUAAGUUCUAAAGUACUUGAAGAGUUCAAAGUGAGACUGGAGAAGUCCUUAAAAGAAGGAUCAUUUGAUUCAUCUGUUAGCGCAUCAUGUAUUGUGUCCUCCAUGCGUGAGUUUGACCAAGGGUGUAAAGAUGCCACUAUGCAGAAUGCAAAUUGGGAUUCUUCAAGCAUUCGAAAAAUACUUGUUUGUGAUAUAGAUGCACAUGCAUUACGUGUUCAUGAUGUAAAGUUAUCGGAGUUGAAAGAUAAGUGUGAGAAACAACUUUCUACAUCUUUAACAAAACAGGUUGAGGCUCAUCUUGAAGAUGGUAUAGAAGACGUCUGGGCUUCAAUAAGAUCCGUUCUUCAUCAUCACACUGAAGAGGCGGUAUCAAUGUUGUCAACUGAAAUAGUUGCUUUUAAUGUGGACAACAAAUCAAUUGCCAAAAUGGAACAAGACUUAAGGGCCUGUGCAAGAAAUGUGGUGGAGAAAAUAGUAAGAGACAAGACAGGAUCAAAUUUUGAUGCUCAUGAAACACCAGUAGGGAACUUGUUUGAAAUAGUCUUCUUCUAUGAUCGUGAUAACAAUCCUAGGGCUUGGACAAAAAAAAAAGUAGUUAGAGCUGCUACCAAGGAUGCCUACUCUGCUUCUCUCAAGGUUUUAUCGGUUAUGGCUGCCAUUUGCUUAGAUGAUGGGACGCCCAAUAAUAUUGAAAAAAGUCUCUUUUCUUCUCUAAUGGAUGAAACUAAAGCCGCUAAAGAUCCUCUUGGCUCAAGCACUUGGGAAGGGGUCUCUCCAAAGGAUACCGUUAUUACACCAGUGCGGUGCAAGUCGUUGUGGGAAAAUUUCAAACUAGAGACUCGUAAUCAUGUUACUCAAGCUACAUCAGCGCGGGACACUGCAAAGAAGCAUUGGUUGGCGAAGUUUGCAAUUGCUUUGACAGCUGGGGUUGCUUCGGCAAUUGUUGGAGCCCCAAUAGCAGAAGCACUAUAG